AUGGCAACUGUUGGCCACGAUAGUGACGACGUUGAGAGACAAGCAGAAUACGCUACCAACGAAUAUACAACAGGGACUAGUGACUUCACUACACUGCAGGGUUUAGCGCUGCAACGAACCAGUACCCUUAAUCUUCAACACAGCGAGACAGUCGGCUCUCAUGCAGAUGAAAGAAAAUUUUCAUUGGACCUGAAUAUUGGACGUGGAAGACCGUUACCCGCUCAGCUACCCUCGUCCACCGAUUAUCUUGUUGAUUUCAAUGAUGCCGACGAUCCUACACAUCCGCAUAAUUGGCCGUUAUUUAAGAAGUGCUAUACCGGUGGACUUGUUGCAUAUUCGACAGUGGCAUCCUCAUUUGGUGGUAGUGGCUGGUCAGCGGCUUCUGGACGCGUGGCGGAGGUAUUCAAUGUCUCCGCCGAAGUCACCACAGUGGGACUCUCACUCUACGUCCUCGGGUUUGCCACGGGCCCUAUUGUUUGGGCGCCCCUCUCCGAGUUAUAUGGGAGAAAGGUACCAAUGAUGCUUGGGAUGUUUGGAUUAGGAGUUUUCUCCAUCGGAUGCGCUGUGGGGAAAGACCUUCAAACAGAAAUGCUCUGUCGCUUCUUUGGAGGUGCAUUUGGGGCGGCACCUCUUACUUGCGGUGCCGCAACUAUCAGUGACCUGUUCGAUGACUCGAGCCGCGGAGUCGCUAUCUCCUUCUUUUCGGUUGUUGCAUUUGGAGGUCCAUUCGUUGCUCCGUUCGUCAUGGGAUUCAUCACAGACAGCUAUCUUGAUUGGCGCUGGACUCAAUACCUGACUGCUCUUAUGGCUUUCUUCGCUCUCAUCCUCAUUGUUCUUGUUCUUCCCGAGUCCUAUGCGCCAGUCAUUCUUGUCUCUAAGGCUUCCAAGCUUCGCAAAGCUACCAAAAUUUGGGGCAUUCAUGCUAAGCAGGAGGAAGUGGAAGUGAAUCUGAAAGAGCUUGCGGUCAAAAACCUCAGCCGCCCGCUACGCCUUCUAUUCACAGAGCCGAUUGUCCUCUUGAUUUCCAUAUAUGUUGCAUUCAUUUAUGGUCUGCUUUACUCUUUCCUUACUGCUUAUCCUAUGGUAUUCCAGGGUAUACAUGGAUGGAAUAGAGGGCUGGGUGGUCUACCUUUGGUAGGGUGCUUUUUGGGUGAGGUGUUGGCAGCCGCAUACCUCGUUAUUGAGCAGCCACGAUACCUCAAGAAGCUCACCGAGAACAAGGGUAGAAACAUUCCCGAAUGGCGACUGCCGCCCAUGAUUGUCGGAGGCGUUUUAUUUUCCAUUGGCAUGUUUUGGUUCGGCUGGAGUGGAUACCGUGAGGAUAUUCAUUGGAUAGCACCUACUCUGUCCGGGCUGUUCACAGGCUUUGGUGUCUUCAUGAUCCUUCUGCAAGCCCAAAACUAUAUAUUGGACGCUUAUCUGACGUUUGCUGCAUCUGCAAUUGCUGCCAAUACCUUUGCACGAUCCCUAGCGGGUGCUAUAUUCCCAUUGUUCGCGAGCUACAUGUAUCAAAGACUGGGUAUCCAAUGGGCUUCUACGCUACUUGGUUGUUUGGCAGCGCUGAUGGUCCCUAUUCCUGUGGUCUUCUACAAGUAUGGCCACAUAAUUCGCAAGAAAAGCCAUUUCAUUUCCUAG